AUGCGGCGAGAGUUGUUUCUCCAGAUUGUUCACGCGUUGGAGGCGCGCGACGAGUACUUCCAGUGGCGGGAAGAUGCGGCCCACAGAAAGGGUCCAUCCCCGCUGACGAAGUGCACGGUUGCGCUUCGUCAGUUGGCAUACGGCACUACGGCGGACAUGUUCGACGAGUAUCUUCACGUAGGGGAUACAACUGGCCGGGAGUGUCUGGUAAAUUUUUAUGCGGGCGUUAUUGACGCCUUCGACGCCACAUAUUUGCGCAAGCCGAAUGCCCAAGACUGCCAGGACCUGCUGCGGAUGCACGAUACGGUGCACGACUUUCCUAGAAUGUUAGGGAGUAUUGAUUGUAUGCACUGGGAGUGGAAGAAUUGUCCUGCAGCGUGGAGAGGCCAAUUCACCAGUAGGUAUAAGGGUACCCACCCGACGAUGAUCCUUGAAGCAAUCGUUGACCACAGUCUUUGGAUUUGGCAUGCUCACUUUGGCGUGGCGGGGUCCAACAACGACAUCAAUGUGCUGAACUCGUCCAGUCUCUUCACCGAGCAAUGCAAUGGCAACGGUCCGGAAGCUGCCAAAGGAUGA